AUGUCGAAACAACGGGUAAUAAGUGAGUCUACGGGACUUUACAAGCUCUCGAUCGUGAACAAACAACAAUCGGAAAGGGAUCAAGAUUCAAAAGACGAAGGAAUCGAGAAAACCAGGGAGGAUUUGCAGAAAAAGGGCCUACCAUUGUCAGUUCCUGUGCGGACCAGGCCCGUACCGGCCGUGCCAUCUGGCACGCGUGACGGUUUGCCAACAAGUAAACCGAAAACCGAGCAUUCUCAAUUUUCUGAAGACCUUUUAUUUCAACUAGCGUCGAAACGAAGACAUGUAGUGGAAUUGAAGGAACAGUUAGCAAAAGCUGAGCGAGAACUUGGAGUUCUCGAACAAAAAUGUAUUGAUAUGAGUGUCAUUGAUAGAGGAGGAGAUCGCCCCGAAAAACUACAGGAUUUUUCCCACAAAAUACAUCAAACUUUUAAAGACGUGAACAGCAGUCCCGGCGUUAUUAAGAGCAAACAAAGCAUCAGCAAUUUUUUUAAUAAAGACGUUCCGCUAAAGGAGAUAACACCUACACGCUCUCCGACACGGUCGGAGUCACCACAGCCAUCGUCGAUCUCACCGACUAGAAGCUCGAAUCUGCUUCAGAUGACUUCGUCCAAAUUUCGAGAUUUGAAAAAUGGACACACCCAGAGCCCAUUUCUCAAUCGACUCAUGAAUAAAUGGCAAGACUUCAACGUCAACGACGCAGAAGAAGAAGAGUUCGAUAGCACGAGGAACACCGAUCAGUUUUAUAUCAAAAGUAAGCCGGAUUACGAUGAUGACGAAGAAAUAGAAACCGAAUCAGAUAUGGAUCUAGGAGACAGUGUCGUGAUGUCGACGUUUAGACGGUAG